AUGCGCGCGCUCAGACUGUUCCACACCACCAGGACCGCGGCUUCGCACUUCGACACCCGCCGCUUCGUCGUCGACCUCCAGCACAGCGGCUUCUCCAAGGCGCAGAGCGAGGGCAUCGUCAACAUCGUGGCGGCGGCGCUGGCUGACGGCGUGGGGUCCAUACAAGGGAAUCUUGUAAGUAAAGAGACUUUGAAUCGGAUGACAUACCAGCAUAAAGUGGACUUCACCAAGUUGCGCGGUGAGCUUCAAACCACGGAUAAGUCAGAGUUCAGUGCAAUACAGCACGAUACCGAGAAGCUGAAGCUGGAGCUGGAGAGGAUGAAGACCCGGCUGCGUGAGGAGAUCACCAAGGCCAACGCCGGGGUGAGACUGGACCUGAACCUGGAGAAGGGCCGUAUCCGGGAGGAAGGAGCUCAGCACGAGCUCCACAUCAGCGACAUCGACACGCGGAUCGACCAGGAGGUGGCCAACAUGAAGAUGCAAAUCGAUGCUGUCAAGACCCAGGUGAUGCAGUGGCUGAUUGGGGUGUGCACUGGUACGUUUGCGCUGGUGCUGGCGUACGUUAGACUACUGACGUAG